GCGUGUCCCGCCCCGCGCGGGCGCCGCACUUCCCCGGCGGGGUCGGACCGGCGCGGCUGAGGCGGCGGCGGCGGCGCGAGCGGGUUGUUUAAAAAAAAAAAAAUGAUUUUCCCAUCAUGUCUCUUCAUGCUGUAAUCCUAACCAGCUGCAACAGAACACAGGUUUUCAAACAAGCUAGUUCUCAAAAGUUGAUCAAGGAAAGCCACAAGGUAGCUGUUACAGAGUCAACACUUUCAUCAGAUCCUGCAAAGAUUGCCCCACUAAGGACUAGCUGCCUUGCUCAAACACCUCAAAUUUCAGUUCUUCCAGAUGAAUACUCAAGGCCAGCCGUAAUUGGGCAUGCAGGGAAUUUUGGAUCAUACCCAGAUAGUACUGCAGCAAUCAAAGACAUUCUUGUGUCCAUUCUAAACACAUCUGGUUCUAAACCUUCUUCACUGCCAGAGGAAACAGCGUUGCAGAGAGCAGAGCAUCCAGACAGUGAUAUGGAAUGUUGCGAGGAGAGUAGCGAUGGGGAUUAUAAUGAUGACAGUGAUGCUGAUUAUACACGUUGCAAGGUUGCAUGUACACAAACUGACAUUAGGUUUACAAGGCACCAGGCGUUUUGGGAUAAUACACAGUGCAGUUCUUCUAAGUCUUCACUGGGGUCGUCAUCUUGUUCAUUUACUGGUAGAAGUCUCAUCACUUCCUCUCAGAAUAACUUAACCCAUUUGGAACAGUCUCCCCCAAAAAACAACUGCGUUACCCAGGUGACAUUAGCUGGAAGCACUGUCACAUCGCUGGUGAACUCUGUGACUUCAUGUUCAGAAAAAGAACAUACAAAUUAUUCAAGACCAGUAGAGCAACCUUUGACUGUUAUUACAAUCUGUCCAGAUUCAACUGCUAAUAAGCUGUUGGAACCUACUGACAGCUAUGAGACAUUGGAGCCCAGGCCACUCAGGGAUGAGACUAGCAAGACCUUCCAUAACUUUUCUCAACUGGAACCCUCUGAGCAGCAAGUGUCUACAGAUACAACUUCAUCUUUGAACACAAGAACUACUUCCUUGAACUGUCCCUUGCGUGAUAUCUUCAUGCUUCCUGCAGAUGUGGAAAAGGAGAAUGCACACUUCUUUGUUGCAGAUAUGAUCAUUGCAUCUCUGGAAAAAAUGAAGUGCAUUAUCUUCAGUCAUCAGACAGAGUACUGGGGUGCAGAUGAGACUGAUGGAUCAGUAGGCAGCUAUCCAAUGGAUUUGGGGAUGCCAUCUUGCACCAGAGUACACCAAUCUGAUUCUUGUUCUUCAGACAGUGGUUAUGAAGGUUGUGGUGUCCUGCAGGUCAACUCGUCUGUAAAUCCAGCUCUGGACCGUGAACACCGUAAACAUCAUUGUGCUAGUGACUCAGAUGAUGAAUUUGUAAUUAUUGAACUUGAAGACUUGGAAAAUAUUUCAUCAGUCCCAGAUGACCGGUACCCAGAUGACCGAUCCUCUCUUGAAUCGAGCUGCUGUUCUGCUGAAGUAACAGCACAGAAGCUUUACAGAUCUUUCAUGAAACGCUGGCUGCAGAUAGAACCUGAAGUUCAGCUGUCUAGGUGCCUGGAUACAACUGGACAAAAAUUUGUGAAUAGAGAAGAUAUUCCAAGGGCAUUGGAGUCCAGUGUAAAUCUGGCAGAAGAAAUCAAGAUCAAAUCCCGAUUAAGAGGAACUACAGACUGGGCUCCUCCUAGAUCUCAAAUUAUAUUUAAUAUUCACCCAUCUGAAAAGAGAGAAGCUGUUGUAGCUGCUCAAAACUUUACUUGCGUUGGUUGUGGAACCCCAAUAGAAUGCAAAUACAUCAGGAGACUCCGCUAUUGUGAUUACCUAGGGAAGUAUUUCUGUGACUGCUGCCAUACUUAUACACAAUCUUCUAUUCCUGCCCGAAUACUAAUGAAAUGGGAUUUCAAAAAGUACUAUGUCUGUAACUUCUCCAAGUGUCUCCUCGACAGUAUAUGGCAGAAUCCCUUUUUCAAUGUGUCCUGUAUCAACGAAACCCUUUAUACAAAGGCAAAAGAACUGAACAGAGUCAGAGAAAUACAAGAACAGCUUUUGCUUAUGAAAAAGCUAUUGAAGACCUGCAGGUUGGCUGAAAGGGCUCUGAAAGAAUAUGAACAGGUCCCCUGCCACCUGACAGAAGAGCUGCAUCUGUUUUCAAUGGAUGAUCUGGUGAAGGUCAAGCGAGGGCAACUGUUGCCUCUCCUAAGGGAUAUUCUAAAAAGCUCCACCUCUCAUAUAGAAAACUGUGAGCUCUGUCAAGCAAAAGGAUUUAUCUGUGAAUUUUGUCAAAGAUCAGAUUUGCUCUUCCCAUUUCAGAUGGCCAUAUGUAAAAGAUGUACUGCUUGCAAAGCAUGCUUCCACAAAGAGUGCUUCCAGUCUGAAAAGUGCCCCAAAUGUCUGAGGAUAGCUGCACGAAGGAGGCUGUCAGAAACUUCAUCACCUGUGCCUUUCUGAUAUGGGAUUACUGUGAAGAUGCUGCAGGCUUCUGAAGAAGCUGGAAACAAAUCCUUAUGAUGUUUGCCUUUAAGUUGGAUAAUGUUGUUCUAAACAUUGCUACCAUUUCAGUUGUGUGACUUCUUAAAAAAAAAAAAAAAAAAAAAGAGUAAGAUUAAUAUUAUUCUCAUUAGGAGAGAUAAGCAUUAGUCUUUUAAAUCGACCACAUAAACUGUAUUAAUACCAUUGCUAACAUUUUUGCUGCUAUGUGUUUUUCCUGUUUUUUUUCCUGUAUUUAACAUUUUUAAUUUUAUAUUUCACAUGUUUAGACCAUUCUACUCUGUUACUUUUGCAUACAAUAUAUAUAAAUAGUAAACAGCGUUGGGAAAUUGUCAA